AUGAAGUACAAAGAAAGUGGCCAGCAUAUUAGAAGGAUACUAAAUGACCUGGCAGAAAUGAGCAACGACACAAGUGCUUGCUUUAGUGCAGGGCCUGUGGACUCUGAUAAUCUACUCUCUUGGAAAGCCACUAUCUUUGGGCCAGAGGGGACUCCGUACGAAGGAGGCUCUUUUGAGUUUGAUAUUGUGUUUCCGCUGAACUACCCGUACGCACCCCCCAAGGUCCGGGUGUGCACGAAGAUAUUUCACUGCAACAUAAAAGACACGUAUAUCUGCCUGGACAUCAUAGGGAAAGAGUGGUCUUCGGCGCUGACUAUAUCAAAGGUCCUUCUUUCAAUAACUUCUUUGCUGGCAGAUCCGAAUCCGUCGGAUCCUUUGGACACAAAUAUUGCAAAGCUUUAUAUAGAAAACCGGGCUGAGUACAUGAGAAUAGCCCGGGAGUGGACACAGAAGUAUGCUAUGCUAUAG